AAGGGAACAACCUCUUUCGGUAAACGUCAUAACAAGUCGCACACUCUUUGCCGUCGUUGUGGACGUCGUUCAUUCCACAUCCAAAAGAAGACUUGCGCACAGUGUGCCUACCCUGCCGCAAAGACCCGAAGCUACGAAUGGUCCGAAAAGAGCAAGCGCAGGAAGACUACUGGUACUGGUCGCAUGGCCCAUCUUAAACACCUUCCCCGUCUUUUCAAGAACGGCUUCCGUCAAGGUAUCUAUUUUUAA